UGUUUUCAGGAGAAAGUACAAAAUGAAGUGUGUUUCUGGAUUCCUUUCCAUCCUUAUUGCUUUGUUCAUCUCUUCAACAGGGGCUGAAGAUGUGAUGGUGUAUGGUCAAGUGGGAGGGACGGUCACAUUCCCCAGAUUGAAGUGGGGUUCAGAAAAGGUGGUGGUAUAUUGGUACUUUGGGACGGACCCACAAGCUGUGAUAUCCCGCAACUCCCAUGGUCGAGAGCAAAUACAUGAAUCAUGGAAAGACAGGGUGUCUCUGUCAAAGACUGACUUCUCCCUGAUCAUCAACAACAUCAGAUUAGAGGAGUUCAAAUCCUUCAAAUGUGAACUGAAAGAUUUCCUGCCACCUUCUAUCAAUGUCACCAAAUUCAGACUGUCCCAUGUGAGUGUAAAACGGCCAGACUCUCCCCUGUUGCCUGGGGAGAAUCUUACUCUGAAGUGUGACAUAGAGGAAAUAUUUGAGGGUACACAGAUAAAAUGGCUUAGUCCCCAGAAACAGGACCUGAAAGAGGACAAGCGUGCCCAGAUCACAAAUGACGUCCACCUGACAGUAACGAAUGUCACUGACCAACACCAUGGAGAGUGGACCUGUGUGGUGACAUACCAGGGCAGGGAAGCCCAUGCCAACACCCCUGUUACUGUAAUGGACCUCUCCCCUGCUCCUCCACAGCCUGUCUACACCUCUGUCUCCUCCCUCUCUCGUCUCCAUCUUCCAUGUUCCUUUUCCAUUCCUCCUCAUCUGUCCUGGUCAGACCUCCAGGCUAAGGGCAUCCGUGGAGGCCACUGGACCUUUACCCCAAGCCCAGUGGCAGGCUCCUUCACUGGGGUUGUCCAGACCCUCGUCAACCUCUCCCUGGGGCCUCCAUCAGCCUGGGUGGUCCUUCAGAACAAAGGGCUGGAUGUCUCAGCCCUGCCGAGGAACAAUCUGAACCUCACCCUGUUGAAGAAAGGGGUGACAGAGGAGGACAGGGGCGAGUACACCUGCGCUGUGGAGUUCCAGGGGGACAUCACCCUGAAGAGAUCAAUGCGUGUGGAGGUGCUACAGGUGUUUUCCUCUUCAGGUCCAGUGGCCUUUGUAGGUCAGGAGGUCAACCUCACCUGCACCCUGGGCCACCCUCUGAACUCUGACCUGGAAGUGAAAUGGAUCAAACCACCCCACUCCUCCCUCCUCACUUUAGGCUCCUCCCCCCACCCUGCCCUUCUCACCAUCCCGGAAGCAAGGGAUGGAGAUAGUGGGAGGUGGAGGUGUCAACUGAAAAGGAACGACAUCCUGCUGACGUCAGUGGAUAUCACACUGAAGAUCGAGCGAGUCCCCAUGGACGUGUGGCUGUUGGUCACCAUCUGUGCCGCAGCCGUCAUCUUCAUCCUCCUCCUCAUCCUCACUGUCAUCCUCAUCCGACGCCACAGACAGCGGGUGAUGAUGCCCAGACGUGGCAAACGCAGAUUCUGCCACUGCAAAGACCCCAAACCAAAAGGAUUCCACAAAAACUAGAGAUAUUAUACAGACCAGAAUCCCUGUCAAAUUCAGGACAAUGUCUCUGCUAUUUCGUCUUAGCUAUUCUAUUCUGAUAGAAAGAAAAAACAAAGGACAAAAGAAGCAAGAAAUAUGUUUUUCAUGUGAUGUUUGAUACUAGAAUUGAUUCCAUUUCACAAGUGUUUAUUAUCAUGCUUUAUGACCUAUAAUUGAGCUAUAAUUGAAGAAAUUCUGUAUAUAAAUAUGUAUAGCUACUGUCGCUUUUGUAUUACUGUACGCUGAGUAUACAAACCGUUAAAAACACCUGCUCUUUCCAUGACAUAGACUGACCAGGUUAAUCCAGGUGAAAGCUAUGAUCCCUUAUUGAUG